ACAGGCUCCAGAUCACUGGGGGAAUAGAGAGAGGGUGUCACCUACAGGGACAUCAUCAACUUCACAGAGAAGCCACCAGUUUAUUCUGUCACCUGCUCACAAUGGAAAUGAAGCUUUCUGCCUUCUGCACCCUGCUCUGUGCCACCCUGCAGCUGCUCGCUUGCACAGCUCACCCUAUAGCUGAUCCAGACACUGACAGGGAACUGGAUUCCUUCAAGGAUAUCCUGGAAAGACUGGAGGAUAAACUGUCAGCCAUCGAAGAUUUACAACAAUCCAACCCCAGCGUCCCAGAGACCAGACAGGACGACCGUGAACAGCCAAUGACCCCAGAAGAGGCUGGAGUCCAAUUACCUGAGUCCAGAGAUGUCCGCAGCAAGUCCAUCUCCAUUAACGACUCCUUUCUCAAAGGGCUGAGAUCACUGCAGAGCCCCAAAAUGAUGAGGGGUUCAGGCUGCUUUGGGAGAAGGAUUGACAGGAUUGAUUCCUUCAGUGGACUGGGCUGUAAUGGAUCCAGAAGGUUUUGACACAAUGGGAACGCAGAGGGAAUCUUGCGCUACUUGAGGCCCCUCCCAAGACGACUCACCGAAACAUUACUUUUCUAUUUAUGACGACCCAGUUCAUAUUUAUUUAUUUAUAAGUAUUUAUUUCAUGUUUUAUAAAUGUAAUUUCUAACACUUCAUAGAUCAUAGUAAAUAUAUUACACACUUUC